AUGGCUUCCGUCAAGGGGAAGUACGAUCACCUCCCUCUUGCCAAUAAGGGGCCCCUCAAAGUACCACUUUCUGGGAGGCUUCUCCUAGACAACCCGUUCUACAACAAGGGCACAUGUUUCACAUCCGAGGAGCGCCAGAUCUUUGGCCUCAAAGGCCUUUUGCCGACCAAUAUCCAGAAGCUCGAUGAACAAGUAGCCAGGGCGUAUCAGCAGUAUUGCAACCAACCGGACGACCUUCAGAAGAACACCUUCAUGACAUCCAUGGCUGAGCAGAACACGGUGCUGUACUACCGGCUGAUCCAAGACCAUCUGAAGGAGAUGUUCAGCAUUAUUUACACUCCCACCGAGGGCGACGCGAUUGAAAACUACUCCCGCAUUUUUCGCCGACCUGAUGGCUGUUUUCUGAGCAUCAAACACCCGGAUGAGGUCGAAGAGCGUCUCAGCAAGUUCAUCAGACCUAAUGACCCCGAAAAUGGGGUGGACUACAUUGUCGUCAGCGACGGUGAGGAAAUCCUAGGUAUCGGAGAUCAGGGCAUUGGGGGCAUCCUGAUAAGCGUGGCGAAGCUGGCGCUGAUGACUAUCUGCGCUGGUUUGCACCCGGACAGGACUCUCCCCGUGGUCCUUGAUACGGGAACCGAUAACGACAAGCUACUCAAUGACUCUCUGUACUUAGGUCAUCGCUUCAAGCGCGUACGGGGCCAAGCUUAUGAUGACUUCGUUGACAAGUUUGUCAAAACGGCGAAGAAGCUGUAUCCCAAAGCUUACAUCCACUUUGAGGACUUUGGUGUUUCCAAUGCCCGGAGGCUGCUUGACAGAUACCGCAACGACACGGCGGUCUUCAACGAUGACAUUCAAGGCACCGGCUGCGUAACCCUCGCCGCCAUUCUGGCCGGUUUGCGGAUCAACAAGGUCAAGUUGACCGAUUUACGCGUGGUGAUAUUUGGCGCUGGUACCGCCGGCUGUGGAAUAGCCGAACAGGUCCAAGCUGCAAUAGCCGCAGAAGCGAAAAAGAGCAAAGAAGAGGUAGCAAAGCAGAUUUGGUGUAUCGACAAAGCGGGGCUUCUGCUCAACGACAUGGGGGAUGACCUCUCGAUUGCACAGAAGCCCUUCGCCCGCGAUGCUUCUGAAUGGCAAGGAAAAGACACAAAAUCCCUACAAGCAGUCAUCGCUGAGGUCAAGCCACAUGUUCUGGUUGGCACCUCCACAAAGCCUGGUGCUUUCACCAAAGAAGUGGUACAGGAGAUGGCCCGGCAUGUGGAGCAACCGAUCAUAUUUCCCUUGAGCAAUCCUACCCGCCUCCACGAGGCUAAGCCGGAGGACCUCAUCAACUGGACUAAUGGCCGUGCCCUGGUUGCCACAGGCUCGCCUUUUCCUCCGGUCAAGUACAAGGGUAAGGAGAUUGAGAUUGCAGAAUGCAACAACUCCGUCUGUUUCCCUGGCAUCGGACUCGGCGGUGUCCUUUCGCGAACGAAACUCUUGACAGAUAAAAUGCUUGUCGCAGCCGUCACGGCUCUAUCGGAGGAAGCGCCAGCACUUCAGGAUCCUACCAAGCCACUGGUCCCGGACGUUGAGGAUGCCAGGAGGGUGAGUGUAAAGAUUGCCAUGGCUGUCAUCCGCUGCGCGGUGGAAGAAGGCCAAGCACAAGCAGCAGAUAUCCCCGUGGAAAGCGACGAAGAUCUCGAAGAAUGGGUCAAGGUGCAGAUGUGGGACCCUGUAUACCGACCAUACGAACGUGCAUGA